CAGCAAAACAGAUGGCAACCUCUCGCAAAGUGGCUUUUAACGAUACCCAAACAAACAAAACGCAUAAGAUGCAUUUAACGGUAAUUUUACCAUUUAACCUAAGUAAAUCGUCUUCCUUAGACGUUUAAUUACCAAAGAACCUAAUUAAUAGCAUAUAUAAUUGGAAUUUAAUGCGUCGGACCAUUCAAGAGUAAUCGCGUUGCCAGACGUCAGUUGUCAUUGUUUACAAUGGUCCGGAGAAAGACUUCUGCACCGAGUAAGAAGGACGAUAAGUCACAGAAAUCCUUAACGUGGAAUUUAGGCGAAUGUAGCAGUCGCGAGGAUACUACUGAUGGGAACAGCCAAGAUUCUAUCGUAUCUGGUGACAUUAUUACCAUCGACGAUGAAGAAAUUGAAGACGAAAACAGUGAUUUUCAACCCCCCAUCAAGAAAGUUAAAAAGUGGACGAAAAGAAAGAAGCCUGUUAUCGAAGAGAAACUUCAGUGUCUUUUAAAUGAAUGUGAUUUUUACAUCACUGUGAAUUUGGAUAAGUUAACAAGAAGUGGAAUGCAAUAUAAGUUGGGAGAAUUUGUUGCUACCUCCUUCGAGAACUGCAAAUAUUCUUUUGAAAACAUUUCUGCUGUAUAUUUAUAUAUUAGUGAAAAUACUGAUAAGUGUUUUUUAUAUUGGGAAUCUCAUGAAGAACAGGAUAAAAAAGUAUUUUAUUCUCCAGUGGAAUGCAAAGUGCCCUAUGCUGCUCUUAAGGGUUUACAGAUUCGAAAAUAUUUUGUAAUUUUUUUAAGGGACGAUAUAUUUUCUUUAGAAUUUACUUUUGAAGUAUAUUUAAAUGAAGAGGCAUUUUGUCGACUAAGUUAUUCAUCUGAACCAUAUCGCGCCGCUUCAAAAAGAAACAUUCAAAGCGUUAUGGAAUUAUUUUAUGGAAUUACAAUUAAGCAAUAUCCAGAAUCAAAUGUUAACAAAAAAGAAAAUAUCGAAGAACUUUACUGUUUUAUUUCCAAUAUUCAAUUAAAGAAUGAUAAGCUGGAGAAGAAUGACGUUCAACAUAAAUCUUUAAUACCAACAUUGAGACCAUAUCAAGCGAAUGCAGUUAGAUGGAUGUUAAAACAAGAAAGUAAUCUUAAUAAACUUCACUCUCAAGGGAUUUGUCAUUCGUUAUUUAUGAAGAUUUAUACUCAAGAUAAAAAGCUUAUAUAUUACAACAGAUAUGGUGGCUUUUUUACUUGUGAAGAACCUAAAAUUACUUAUCAACCUUCUGGUGGCAUUUUAGCUGAUGAAAUGGGUCUAGGAAAAACUGUUGAAGUUUUAGCAUGUAUAUUAUGGAAUCAGAGAAAUUUAAAAACUGAUGAUGAAGUUGAAACAAUUUCAGAUGAAACAAUAAUUUUAGACAAAGAAGAUAUAUUGAGUGAUAUAGAUUCUACCGACUUUCAAGACAUUAUUAUAAAGAAAAGAAAAUCCAAGCGUGAAAAGAAGAGCAUUUGUAAAGAUGAUGAUUAUACUGAAAUUAAUGGAUUUGACAAACUUGAAUCAAAUCAUGAAUUUCUAGAGUGUUUGUGUGGUGCUUUAGAGAAUGAAUUUGAAUAUAAAGUGAAAUUACAGUGCGAGAAUUGUGGACUCUGGCAACACUUAGAGUGUAUAGAAAAGAAAUAUCAUCCAAAUUAUAAUGCAUUAGAGAAACAUUAUUGUCCUCAUUGUUGGGUGUUACCAUCAAUGGUAAGAUAUAUUUCAGAUGAAACAAUAAUUUUAGACAAAGAAGAUAUAUUGAGUGAUAUAGAUUCUACCGACUUUCAAGACAUUAUUAUAAAGAAAAGAAAAUCCAAGCGUGAAAAGAAGAGCAUUUGUAAAGAUGAUGAUUAUACUGAAAUUAAUGGAUUUGACAAACUUGAAUCAAAUCAUGAAUUUCUAGAGUGUUUGUGUGGUGCUUUAGAGAAUGAAUUUGAAUAUAAAGUGAAAUUACAGUGUGAGAAUUGUGGGCUCUGGCAACACUUAGAGUGUAUAGAAAAGAAAUAUCAUCCAAAUUAUAAUGCAUUAGAGAAACAUUAUUGUCCUCAUUGUUGGGUGUUACCAUCAAUGGGACUCUAUACCUCACGAGCGACGUUAAUAGUUACGCCAACUUGUAUAAAAUAUCAGUGGGAAGAAGAAAUAGAGAAACAUGUUAAACAAAAAUCAUUAAGAGUUCUUGUUUACUAUGGAGUUCAUUCACAGUUUAUACCUCCUCCUGUUUUAGCUGAUUAUGAUAUUGUAUUAACAACGUAUAGUGUGCUUCGUCGGGAAUUAAAUUAUGUUGAUCUUCCUCAUUCAAAUGAUGAUUCCGGAAGAAGAUUUCGUAACCCAAAAAGAUUCAUGACGAUUCCUUCGCCAUUACUGUCGAUCGAAUGGUGGCGCAUUUGUCUGGAUGAAGCACAAAUGGUCGAAAGUACGACGACAAAAACUGCUGAAAUGGCCCAGAGAUUGACAUCUGUUCACAGAUGGUGUGUUACUGGUACUCCUAUACAGAAAAGUAUAGAUGAUCUAUUUGGUCUUUUGUUAUUUCUGGGCGUAAAUCCAUUUUGUGUAAAAACAUGGUGGAAAGAGAUUGUUCUUAAUCCUUACUGUCAUGGUGAAUUUCAACCUCUGUACGAAGUAUUAAACAAUUAUUUUUGGAGAACAGCAAAGAAGGAUGUAAUUGAUCAACUCGGAAUUCCGGAACAGGAGGUAAAGGUUCAUUGGUUAUCAUUUUCUCCAGUCGAAGACCAUUUCUACUUUAGACAACACCAAGAAUGUUCGCAGGAAGCAAUGAGAAAAAUUAACAAAUUUCGUAACUUAGAUAUUAAAUUAUCUUCGCUGGACAGGCAUUCAUCGAUGCAGUUGUUAUACCCUCUUCGAAGAUUAAGACAGGCUUGCUGCCAUCCGCAGGCAGUGCGAGGAGAAUUUCUUCCAAUCCAGAAAAGUACACUAACCAUGGAAGAAAUUCUGACUUCGUUAAUAAAGAAAGUGAAGAUUGAAUGUGAAGAAGCUCAUAGACAAUCAAUAGCAGCAUUAAAUGGUUUGGCUGGUAUUCACAUAAUAAGAGAAGAAUAUGUCGAAGCAGUAGAAAAAUAUCGAGAAGUGCUGAAGUCCGUCGAAGAUCACUCGACUCAUAUUAAAACCGAUAAGCUUCAGCAAUUGCAUACACUUCAUAAUUUGGCUGAAAUACUAGAAGGACGAAAAUCCGAUCAAACUAUACAAAACGCCACGGAAGUUGAAGAAAAAGAAAAGACUUCUCACGACAUAAACAAACAAUUUGAAUUUAGCAACAGAAAUGACAAGUUGCAAAAUCAAGAUUUUGAGAAUAAUUUAAAUAUAGAAAAUUAUAGUAAUGGUUCAACUGAAUCAUCUGUAAAUAAACCUAAAUUUAAUCCUCCUCCCGGGGUCGGCCGGACUUUAAACGAUGAUAAUCUUUUACAGCAGGCAUCAAAAUUACGCUCUUUGUAUUUAAGUAAAUGUUUGUCUCAAGUUACCACUGCUCAAGAACAGUUAACCCAGGCUACUUCUAAUGCAAAAGAAAUUCGUUCUCAAUUUGUAUGUCAGAAGGAACCUUGGUGGGAUCAAGCUAUUAGACAUAGUGUAAUGCUUAACGAAGAUGAUUUGUUAGUACAGAAAGUGAAAGAUGAUCUUCUUGAAAACAGGACUGCUGGAAUGUUAUCUGCAGUUCAUAAAUUUCAUAAUGUGCAUGGAAUGCAAUAUAUCAUAGCAACUAUGUUAGAUGAUCUGCAGAAUUCUUAUCAGAAACUCUCAUCUGCGGUCAGGAAACUCUCGGCAACGCCUUCGUCAACAGAUCUUAACACUGCCGUUGACUGUCAUUUACGUCCCGUAGGAAAAAAUAAAGUAAAGUAUGUCAACAUUUUAAUACAGGUAGAAUUCACUCGCUUAAAAUUGAUGAGCGAAUUAGCCGUCUCUAAGAGCGACUUGAGAAAGAAAUUGGGACAAUUAUUUUACUUACAAAAUUUAGCAAAGAAUAUAUUCUCAACAGUCAACAUGAGAGUAAAUUAUAGAAAAUAUUUCAAACUGUUAAUUAUUUAUUUUAAUUUAUUUUUUAAAAUAUUAAUUAAAUUUGGACUAUGUUGUUUUAAAGUUAAAGGAGUUAUAAUACAAGAUGGAAAUCUUCAUAUCAAAUUAUUUGAAGCUUUAAAAAAGGAAUUUAGAGCGUUAAGAGCCGUAUGGAUGCAAAUCAGGGAUCACGCGUCAGCAAUAGAUGAAUUAGACAUGGCCACAUUGCGAUUUCGAGUAAGAUACAAUAAUGAGCCACAACCGGAGAUACCUGUACCUUACAUUUUAGAAAAAGAAGAGGUAGAAUUCACUCGCUUAAAAUUGAUGAGCGAAUUAGCCGUCUCUAAGAGCGACUUGAGAAAGAAAUUGGGACAAUUAUUUUACUUACAAAAUUUAGCAAAGGCUGAUUUUGGAUGCAAGGGUGGAUCGAAUCCCGACACAUGUCCUGUCUGUCGUCAUGUUUUGGGAAUUCAGUGGAACGUGCUGCAGUGUGGACAUUGUUUCUGUGUAAGUUGCAUCCAUUUGAUGAUCUCUAAUUAUUCUACACCAGGACGUAAUCGCUCCGUCAGGUGUCCGGUCUGUAGACAGUUAACUUCUCAUGCAGAAAUAUCAUUUGUUAAUAUUGAGGAAAAUAAUGACGAAUCACAAAUUCCCGUUAAGGGAAGUCAUUCUACCAAAGUAGAAGGUAUAAUAAGGUGCUUGUUAGAAAUCAAACAACAAGAUUCGGAAGCUAAAAUUCUUGUUUUCUCAACCUGGCAAGACGUGUUGGACGUUCUAUCUCGUGCAAUGUCUCAAAACAAAAUCAGUUAUAUUAUGUUACAUUCCAGACCGGAAAUAGUCGAUAAUUUAACAAGAUUUCGCCUGGAUCCCGAGAUAACUGCUCUACUUCUUCCAAUACGUUCCGGAGCCAAUGGCCUUAAUUUGAUCGAAGCGACCCAUGUCGUACUGGUGGAGCCCCUUCUCAAUUAUGCCAGCGAAUUGCAGGCGAUUGGACGAAUUCAUCGAAUAGGCCAAACCAAACCUACCACUGUACAUAGAUUCAUCGUUAGGAAGACAAUCGAAGAGAAUAUGCAUCACAUGUUACAGACGAAUCAUUCCACCACAACAAUCGACACAGAAGAUAACAACAUCACUCUUUUUGAACUCCAACAGUUGUUUAAUUGUAGAUAAUCAUUUGUGAUUUGUUCUUUUAUCGAUCCGAAAAACCGGAUGUAAAAUAUUUUUUAAACACAAUUCAGGAUAAUGUCGUAAGUCGUAUUUCUAAUUUUUUUUUUAUUUGUAUUUGUUACGUGUUUUUCAGACAAAGUUUAAUAAAAAGAAUUAUCGAGAA